AUGAACGACCAGGUCAAGGGCCGACAGUCCAGUAGCGAGCACGGCACAGCUGGUCCCUGGUACCCACUGAGGAAAUGGUGGAUCGAGCCAAGCCGAUGUUUCAAUCAAGAUUCUGGACUGCUGCCACUGCUGGAUUUGGGUGGCCCCCGGAGAACGGACUGGCUGGAGAGGAGUCUGUGGCCCCAUGACUGGCUGUGGUACAGUCCCGGUCCCCUGUUUGUGCCUCACAUCUCUGGGUCCAUGCGUCAGGCCGGCCCCAGCUCCCCCAGUUCUGAUGCGGAGCGGUUCAUGUGGAGAGUCUGCCUGGAUCUGUCGCACUUCUCGCCUUCAGAGAUAACGCUGAGUGUCAAGGAUGGGCUUCUUCAAGUGCAAGGGAGACACGAGGAGCGGCCGGACCAGCACGGCUUUGUGGCCAGAUGUUUCACACGGAAAUACAGACUUCCAGCUGAGAUGGAUGCCUGCAGCCUGGUGUCUUGGUUUUCUGUGGAUGGGAUCCUGACUGUGGAGGCCCCUGUGGCUGAGCCCUCUGUUCCUGCCUCCGUCAUUAUACCUAUAAAGGUGGAAGCGGCUUCAGCAGAGGAUCAGAAAGAGAUGGAAGAUCAGGAGGAGUCUAAAGCUGCAGAAGCUCAUGUAGACAGCUCUGCGAAUGGAGGAGUGCAGGAAGGAGACGAGAGAGACGAGAGAGAGGAGAGAGAGGAGAGAGAGGAGAGACCAGAAGUGUCCAGAGACCAGGAGGGUACAGAGCCAGAGGAGAUCCCCACAUCCGGAGGGGAGCACGAUGCAUGCAAGGGCUGUGAAAUAAGCCAAGAAAUUAUAUAA